AUGUCUGAACACAAUUCGGAAAAGAAGGACGCAAGAUCGUUCUCGGAAGCAAAGCCGAUUACGGAUGACUAUAAUCCCUAUAAGCUUGAGAUUGAGUCGUUUUCGUUACCUGUGAACGAAGCUCAACUCCAAAACCUUGACGUUGCAGUGCAAUUGCUCGCUGAUGAUGAUUUUGAGUAUACGAAGGAGGAAGCUAAUCGUGUGCUUCGGAAAAUUGACCUUGUUUUAAUGCCCCUAAUGUGCAUUACUUAUGCUUUACAGUACCUUGAUAAAGUUGCUCUGUCAUAUGCAGCUUUAUUUGGAAUGAUCGAGGAAGCUCACUUGCAUGGUUCAGAAUACAGUUGGCUAACCACAAUUUUCUACUUGGGCUAUCUGGUUGCUCAGUAUCCAGGCGCAUAUAUUCUUCAAAAAUUGCCUAACAACCUCUUUCUUUUUGUCAACACACUUUGCUGGAGCGCCAUGGUUAUGCUUAUGGCUGCCUGUAGCAAUGCUGGUGGACUUUUGGCCCUUCGUUUUUUGAUGGGCGUAUUUGAAGCGUGUGUCAGUCCGGCGUUCGUUAGCAUUACUAGCAUGUGGUAUCGACGCGAGGAGCAGACUAUGCGCUCCAUGCUUUGGUACUCGUUUAAUGGUGUCGCUACUAUCAUUGGCGGUAUUCUUAGUUACGGCAUUGGCCAUAUCCACAACUCUCAUGUGUCAACAUGGAAGUUCAUUUUCAUCAUUAUUGGCGGUCUUUCUUUAGCUUGGGCCGGCAUUUUCUAUCUCCUUUUCCCUAGCAACCCUGUUACCGCACGGUUUUUGACUCCUCGCGAACUCUGGCUUUUUGUGUUCAUAACCGGUACCUAUAUGAUUUCAAAUGGUAUCACUGUAUUCAAUUCUAUCAUUAUCAAGGGUCUCGGUUUCUCCACCUUUCGCACUACUCUCUUUAACAUGCCUAGCGGCGCCGUAGAGUUUGUUGUAUUGGUUAUUACUGGUCUCAUUUCUACGCGCAUCAAACGUGGAAGAAUUUUUAUUGCUCUUGUUGGUACCGCCUUGACAAUUGUUGCGGCAGGUCUCGUGUGGAAACUGAAAAAUCCAUGGGGUCGAAUGGUCGGAAUCUGGAUUUACUUCGGUUCUCCCAUUUGUUUCGUAACUUUGCUUUCUUUGGUUGCAUCAAAUGUUGCAGGUUACACAAAAAAGAUGGUUGUCGGAGCAAGUAUUUUUGUUUUCUAUUCCAUCGGAAAUAUCGUUUCCCCUCAACUGUUCAAAUCAAGUCAAAGUCCCACUUACGAUAUGGGAAUGGAGGCCAUCUUCGUCUCGUGUAGUAUUACAUUUGGACUAUGGCUGGCACUUCUUUAUUACUACAUUUACCAAAAUCGUAUACGCGACAAGAAGAAGGCAGAAUCGAGUGAUCAAAGCCAAUCCAAUGGGCAAAAAAAUGAAGAGUUCAUGGACUUGACAGAUAAGCAACAAGCGAGCUUUCGAUACCUCUGGUAA